AUGCCACCUGGGACAAGUGGUUAUGGAUCAUAUAUACCUAGUUUCACCAGACCCAUGUUUGGUGGAGAAAGAAACUAUGAAAUGCCAACAUCGUUGAUAGAGGUUUCGACAUUUUCUAAAAACAUGACCUCAGUGUUUUCACCGUACCAUAGGCCGGGACCUAUGGGGAACCAAUUUGGUCAUCCGACUGAGUUGAGAUUCCCAUCCAAAGAAAUGCCCACUUUCACCACAAGUUAUGCUGCUAUUAUGAGACAACAAAUGGAUGAAAGUAAUCAUGAGAUGGUCAAUAUGCUUACUCAACAAAUAGGUGCCAUACUUAGGCCAUUAAUCCAAAGUUUGACUCAGAGUUACCAACAAUUAGACACUUAA